AUGUCGGACCAAGAAAUCGUUGCAAAAGUGUGUCAGCUUUUUGCUGCUGAAAAAGAAAAGUGUGAUAAGGUUCUCGAAAACCUUUUAAUCGAGGAUGCGAAAUGUGGUGGCCGAGAGAAUUCAGCAAUGUGGCAGAUGUUAAAAAACCUAGUCCCCUUUGAUCAGGUGAGCUUUUAUGUUUUAGCAAAGUUUAUAUCUGUGAAAUUUGAAGUGUUAAUUUGCCUAACGCUGAUUUUACUGUUUGUUUUUUCAGCAAUUCAAGUCCUGCUGUAAGAAUGUUGUGCUAUCGCCUGACAAAAUGCCGUCUCGACCAGUAACCAUACAUGUUUUUGGUCCGGAAAAGUAUAGAAUAGGGUCGUUAACUUUUCAAUUUUUUCUGAAAAAUAGGUCCUUAACUUUUAUGGAAAAAAUUCUCAUCAAUUUUAUCAAGUCACUAAAAUUAUCCUUGCAUCAACUUCUUCUUUCAAAGACGUGCAGAAUUUCCACUUAAGUUCAAAACUUAAAGAGCUCUGCAUCACGCGAAGUAUUUCAAUAUCUCUCAUCGCCGACAGUUCGCUGGUAGCGCCACACGCUAUCUCUCUCAUUGCAGUGACUCCGCCCACUUUUUCUUUUUUUUUUCGUUUGUUUUUCACAGGAAAUUCAAAUCAAAAUCAAAACUUAUAUUGUUGUAGGCAACCAAAUGAGAUGAAAAUUUUCACAGUUAUUCUUCAAGAUAUUUAGCUUGUUUAGAAGACCCACCGGCUUAAUAUAAAGACCUCCAAAAGAUUUAGGAGACCUCAGCAGCAAAGUUUAGCGUUUCACUAAACUUUGCUGCUGAGGUCUCCUAAAUCUUUUGGAGGUCUUUAUGAUGAAAUGUACUGGAUUGAAACUAUGCGAAAUUACCUGUAGAAGGACUGUGAAAAUUUUUAGCUCAUUUGGUUGCCUACAAGAAUAUUAGUUUUGGUUUUGAUUCGAAUUUUCUGUGAAAAUAAAGAAAAAGAAAAGAAAAAACAAAGUGGGCGGAGCCAGGUGCAAUGAGAAGGAUCGCGUGUGGUCGUACCAGCGAGUUGUCGGCGAUGAGAGAUGUUUAUAUAUUUCACGUGAUGGAAAUUGAGUUUUGAAUUUGUUGAGGAAACUCUGCGCAUCUUUGAAAAAAAAGUGAAUUCAGAGAUUUUUCCUUCCUUCCGGAAAGCAUGCUGGAAAAUAAAUUUUUUGUAAAAAAGGUUUUUUUUCAGUGUAAAAUAGGUCUUUAACUUUUUUAUUCGAGUUCGUCAUAGGUCUUUAACCCCGAGGGUAAUUUAAUGGGAAAAACACCUAUGUACUGCCAGUAACCCCGAUAACCGAAGUUUCGAGGGAAAGACCAAUCAGCCCGUAUUAUCCAGCAUGUAAGAUUCUACUCAACUUCAUAUUGUAAAUUCUUUUUUAGUGCCGCCAGAACCUGCACCAAGUUCAGAAGCGUUUAUCCAAUGGAUGUUCUAUUUGCACGACCAAUUGCACGGGAAAGCUACAACAAUUUGUGUCCAUCCGCACUUCUUUGUCACUUUUCGGCAUGGGUCACACCAAAAGUUCAAUCUCAAAGACACGAUGAAAAUGUAUAGGUAAAUUGCUUAAAUAUUGCUUAAUAUUUUGUUGUUAAUUUAUAGAGCGCAAGAAGAAGUCGGAGAAGAAAAUGGAAUAGAAGUUUCCGUGGCUAACAUCAAUGAACCACUUGACUUUGUUCUACUCAAAAGUCAAUUUGAUGUUGUCAAGGUAAGUUCUUGCAAUACUUCUUUUAUUUUGUUGUUAAUUCAUGCAUUUUUAGUUCGGCCCUCCGAUUGAUCAUCCUCGAGAAUCAGAACCGUUCACGCUGGUCGGAUUUGGAAACGAUCGAGGAUAUAUUUCGUAUUUACCUGGAGCAAUUCAUUAUGUUCGCGAUUAUUCUUUUCACAAUGAUGAACGAAAAAUGGGUCCUUUCAUUUUGGGCAGUUGUGCAAGUUCGAGAGGAGAUUCAGGUAAAGAUUAUAUUUUUGGUCAAUUAAAUUCAACGUAAACUUUUAGGCGCUGGUAUUUGGGGAUCACGAGGACUGCUUGGAAUGAAUUUUGGUUGCACGAUGAUGCCACCAACACUUCACCACGACGCAAUCACUGAGGCGGCCAUGUUCAGUGCAAAGAACAUCAUUUGUCCGUCAUUUCGAUUUAAAGACGCUUUUAUGGUAUGCUAAAUUACUAUUACUAAUCAAUACUGAUUUAUUUAAUAAUGUUUUGUUUAGGAGGAACUUGCAAAAGAGGAACCUACAAAAGAACACGAGGAAAAAGUGACGUCGCCUCCGCGUAAGAAAGCAGCUGUAAUGACCGAAAUCGAUGGAAUUGGCCGUCUCUUUGGAAAAGAAAUAUAA